GGUAUCAAUUUAGCAUUGGAUGAUAAUGCUAAAGAUGACUUGUUGAAGAAGCAAGAAAGAACCAAUACUAAUGUAGAUUCUAAUAUUAAGCAACAAAUAUCUGAAGAGGAUGAUCAACAGCUUACAUUGGUUAAGCAAAAGUCAAAGAGGGUUGCAACACUUGAUGCUUUUAGGGGCCUCACCAUUGUGUUGAUGAUAUUAGUGGAUGAUGCUGGUGGAGUUUAUCCACGCAUUGAUCACUCUCCAUGGAAUGGAUGUACUUUGGCAGAUUUUGUUAUGCCUUUCUUUCUUUUCAUUGUUGGUGUUGCCAUAGCCCUUGCACUAAAGAGAAUCCCAAAGAUAAAGUAUGCUGUGAGGAAGAUAAUCCUUAGGACAUUGAAGCUUCUCUUUUGGGGUAUAAUUUUGCAAGGCGGAUACUCUCAUGCUCCCGAUGAACUCGUGUAUGGAGUCGACAUGAAAAUUAUUCGAUGGUGUGGCAUUCUUCAGAGAAUAGCCCUUGUAUACUGUGUUGUGGCUCUAAUAGAGACAUUUACAACCAAGCUUAGACCCACUACUUUGAGUCCUGGACGCAUAUCCAUUUUCACUGCCUAUAAAUGGCAAUGGUUUGGAGGUUUUGUGGCAUUUCUCAUUUACAUGAUCACAACUUUCUCCUUAUAUGUUCCUGAUUGGAGUUUUGUAGUUAAUGGCGACGAACCAAAGAGAUACACGGUGUUAUGUGGAAUGAGAGGACACUUAGGCCCGGCCUGUAAUGCAGUUGGAUAUGUUGAUAGACAAGUUUGGGGUGUGAACCAUCUUUAUUCUCAACCUGUUUGGAGACGCUUAAAGGCAUGUACAUUUAGUUCUCCGAGCGAAGGUAAAAUUCGCGACGAUGCUCCAAGUUGGUGUCUUGCUCCAUAUGAACCAGAGGGCUUAUUGAGUUCCAUAGCAGCAAUCCUCUCUGGCACCAUUGGCAUCCAUUAUGGGCAUGUUUUGAUUCAUUUCAAGGGUCAUGCAGAGAGGCUCAAACAAUGGGUCUCAAUGGGGUUUGUGUUGCUCAUAUUAGCCAUUGUCCUUCAUUUUACCGAUGCUAUCCCAAUUAACAAGCAACUCUACAGCAUUAGCUAUGUUUUUUUCACUGCUGGAGCAGCUGGAAUUGUCUUCUCUGUCUUCUACAUAUUGGUAGGAGAAAGUGCAAUAUAUAGUCAUUCUAGUUGA